GGGGCUUUCGCGGCCCGCGUCGGGGCUGAGGCGCUGCCUUAGGCCCCGCCGAUUCGACCCGGCUGUCUUCCCGGCCCAGGCGCAGGUUUCCCUCGCCGUCCUCGGCAUGGAGGAACAGGAGAAGGUGGUGCCCGAUUCGGGUGCUGUGUUUACAUUUGGAAAAACUAGAUUUGCUGAAAAUAUUCCCAGCAAAUUCUGGUUUAAAAAUGAUAUACCUAUAUGUCUUGCAUGUGGAGAUGAACAUACUGCUGUUGUUACAGGAAAUAAUAAACUUUACAUGUUUGGCAGUAACAACUGGGGCCAGUUAGGAUUAGGAUCAGAAUCACCUGUGAGCAAGCCAACAUGUAUCAAAGCUUUAAAACCUGAAAAAGUGAAAUUUGUUGCCUGUGGAAGGACCCACACCAUAGUGGCAACAGAAGGAGGCAAAGUAUAUGCAACUGGAGGAAAUAGUGAGGGACAGCUGGGACUUGGCGAUGAUGAAGAUAGAAAUACCUUUCAUCGAAUUAAAUUUUUUACAUCCCAGCAUAAGAUUAAACAGCUCUCUGCUGGAUCUAGUAGUUCAGCUGCAUUAACUGAAGAUGGAGAGCUUUUUAUGUGGGGUGACAAUUCUGAAGGACAAAUUGGUUUAAAAAAUAUAGAUAAUGUGUGCGUCCCUCAUCAAGUGACCAUUGGGAAACCUAUCUCCUGGGUCUCUUGUGGAUAUUACCAUUCAGCUUUUAUAACAACGGAGGGAGAAUUGUAUACAUUUGGAGAACCCGAAAGUGGGAAGUUAGGUCUUCCCAGUAAGCUGCUGAUCAAUCACAGAAUUCCCCAGCUGGUGCCCGGAAUUCCCGAGAAGGUGAUCCAAGUAGCUUGUGGUGGAGGGCAUACAGUGGUUCUCACAGAGAACGCCGUGUACACCUUUGGGCUGGGACAAUUCGGUCAGCUGGGGCUUGGCACUUUUAUUUUUGAAACUUCAGAACCCACAGUCAUUGAGCAUAUUAAGGAUCAGAAAAUAAGCUAUAUUUCCUGUGGAGAGAAUCACACAGCGUUAAUAACAGAUACAGGUCUUAUAUAUACUUUUGGAGAUGGUCGACAUGGAAAAUUAGGACUUGGACUGGAGAAUUUUACCAAUCAGUUCGUUCCCACUUUGUGCUGUAGUUCUAGGAGGUUUAUAGUUCAAUUGGUUGCUUGUGGUGGCUGUCACAUGCUGGUUUUUGCCACUCCACGACUUGGUGUGGUAGAAGAACUUGAGUUAGAUGAAAUAGAAGAUCCUUACUUACCUGCAGCGGCUUCUCUACCCAUCAGUGAUCUGACCUCAGGAGACACACUUGAGAGAACUUUAUCAGCCCGCGUGCGGCGAAGAGAGAGGGAGAAAUCCCCAGAUUCUAUUCAAAUGACACGAACACUAUCUACAGUGGAAAGGACUCCUGUACCACCUGUUUGUGUUUCCCCCCAUCCAAUUCCUUUCCAUAUGUCUGCAAAAAAUCUGCCAGAGAAAAUGAUACCUGCAAAGGCGUGCCUCUUGCAGCCAGUGGAACCAGAUUAUUUUCAAGAUAAAAUGACCAAAGAGAAACAGACAGACAAUUCUUCACCAGCAGUGGAUUUGGGAGGCCUUGGAGAAACUACUGAUAUCCUAAAUAUGACACAUAUGAUGAGCCUGAAUUCCAAUAACAAGUCAUUAAAAUUAUUGCCAAUUCAGAAACAAAAGAAACAAGAAAAACUUGAGGAACUGAAGCAUGAUACAGCACAUACUGAAACUGAUGAUAGUAAUGAAUCUGAAAGUGAAGCGAUACCCAAAAAAGUGCAAGAAGGGAGACCAUAUAGACAGUUUUUGGCAAGAGGAACAUACAUGAUUCAAACAACUAUGAGUAUGGAAGCAUUUCCAGAUGAGGACCUAAGUGAUGACUCAGACCAGGCUGGACCUCAGUCCAACACCAGUGCACAGGGUUUGCAGGGAGAGAUAUGUAGGCGUGAAAGUAAGCAUAGUCUUUAUCCAUGUGGUGGUAAGAAAAUAAAGAAAAGUUAUGGAGAACACAGUCAGAAGGAUUCAAAAGCAGAAGAAGUAGUCCCUGAAAAGGAAACUAACCUGGCUAAAAUGUCAGGACUGAAGAAUAUAAGAAAAAGUGAAGAGAAUAUUAAAAAUAUUAAUGCAUUCUUUGAUAACAUACCAAAUAGAGACUUUAAUGUUGAGGAUGAAGAAAAAUAUUUUAUUAAGAAAAGUAAAAGGAACAAGCAAGAUGUGGUUUGUUACAGUGAAUCUUUAGAGGAGUCAGACAGUUACUUGGAAGGUGAAAGUGAAAGUCAGCAGGGUGAUGGCUUCGAUCAGCCUGAGUCGGUAGAAUUUAGUAGUGGAGAGGAAGAGGAUGAUGAAGUGGAAACUGACCAAAACUUGUGGUAUAGCAGAAAAUUUAUUGAACAAGGACAUGAGGAAGAGACUGAACACAAAAUAUGCAGAUUCAUGGAAAAAUAUGAUUUUAAGUGUGACCGCUUGUCAGAGAUCCCAGAAGAACAGGAAGGAGCAGAGGAUUCAGAUGGGAGUGAAGUAGAGGAGGAAGAAGUAGAGGCAAGUAAGGAAAACGUGAAGGUGCCUCGAGGAAAGGAGGAGGAAGCAGAGAUCCUGUCAGAUGACCUUUCAGACAGCCCAGAGAGUUGUGAAUUUUCAGAAAAUGAGGACCUAGAAGACGUGGAUGAGGGAAUUGGUGAAUGUGCGGAAGGUGGGAAGGAAGCUGAGAGAGAGAAUAAAAAUGUUCCUGCAGACGACCCCAGUGAAACCAGCGACAGCUCGGCUGAAAAGGACAAAAAAUCCAACCAACAGAAACGGGCCCUUUAUGAAUACAACGAAAAUCCAAAAGGAAGCAUGUGUAGCCAUGCAAAGAGCAGUUCUUCGGAAGUCCUGGGAUAUAGUGUAGCAACACCCAGUAAAGAAGUAAAAAAAUCAAAGAUUUUCUUCUUUAAAAGGAUGUCAUUGACGUGUCAGAAAAGUAUGCAGAAUAAUAAUGAGCCACUCCCAGUGAUAAAACCAAUAGGAGAUCAAAUAGCUUUUAAAUCCAAUACCAAAGAUGCCCAACAGAACGACAUGGGGCAAAAUCACCCGGAUACUUCACCCCCAAAUGGGGCAAGAAGAUCAAAAUCUUGUACAAUACUCUAAAUAUAUAUUUAUGUUUUCAUGGUCACCAAGCACAUUGUACCAAGCAUGUUGUAAUUUAUACUUGAAAAACAUUAUGACUUCUGAAGGAAAGUUUCUGACAAACUUUUAAAGAUAUAAGUUAAUAAUAUGUUUUAUUUGAUUUGAAUAUUACGACCAGUUUUGAUAUUUAUUUAUGCUAAUAUAUUUUUGACAAACAAUUUCAAAAUAUGUGUAUCUCAAACUUUCCUUCAAGUGUUGUGGCCUUAACUGUUCAGUGUUGCAGUAAAAAAAUAUAUUUUUAUAUGUGAAAGUUAAAUUAAGAUACUUCAUAGCUUUUACUAAACAAUUUUACUUCUUUGUAAUUUCAGAAGACAAUAUUUGCAAUUUCAUGACACUAACAGUUUUUAUGUAUUUGCAACUUUUAAAAACUGAGUCAAAAUUGUUUUGAUGAACAUAUUUUAAUAAACUAUAUCUGGUCGGUUCUACUGUUUAAA